AUGAGCACUGCUCCCCCAGCUCGCUCUGGCCAGUGCGCCGUGUGCCCAACACCCGCCACCAGCCACUGCAGUGCCUGCAAAGCCGUACGCUUCUGCUCAAGGCGCUGCCAGACCCUCCUCUGGCCGACGCACAAGGUCCUGUGCAAGCGCGACCCCGAUGUCUUCUACAUCCCGCCGCUCACGGCCCGAGAGCUCGACCUCGUGUGCGCCCACAAGGACCGCCGCUUGGACGGUCCUGGCAGGCCCACCUUCUACGAGGACAUCACCCAGGCCGACCCGCAGGGUCAUCCAGGCGACGUCAAGCCAUGGGAGAACUUUGUCACCUCGAUCACGUCGACCGAGGCUCGCCCACGACCCGGCUUUGAGUCGCUGGCCGAGGCCCGCGACGACCGCUUCGCCGACCUCACCGAGGCGUACCGCUUCCUCGCCGUCCUCACGCGCCCGCCGUUCGCCCACGGCAUCGUCGUCGAGCGCUCACGCGCCGCGUGGUACUUCUUCGCCAUGCGCGCAGGCGACGCCCGCACCCUGUACCUCGAGUCGUGGGCCGCGGGCGGCGUCGACGCCCUCGCGAGCGACCCCGACGCCUUUGCGCGCGACAACAUGUGGCUCGGCGCCGGGUCGUGCGUCGUCCUCAACAAGCUGUACCGCCAGCUCGUCGUCAACAUGACGCUCGGGACGUGGGCCAUCCUCCAUCUCGGCACGCCGCGUAUCGCGCCGCUCGAGCUUGACGCCCUCAUGGCGACCGGCGAGCAGCGCGUGCUCGACGCGGUCGACGCCGCCGACCUCAUGCCGCUCGCGACGAGGAAUCGCUUCAGACGGGAGCUCGAGCGGUAUUUUCAGGCGCGUCAGAGGGCCAAUCGGUCGGUGUAACUGUAAUACGAACCGCAGCUCGCCA